ACUAAUCCAACACCUUUAACAUGUCUGCCACAAUCGUGAUUCGGUUCAUUGAUUCCAAAAAAGGAGAAGCCAUACCCGACUACGAGAUCACCGACCUCCAGGCCUUGAGCUACCAGCGCCUCAAGCACUUAAUACGGUCCAAUAACUCGUAUUGCACAAAUAAACGGUUGAAGUUAAUAUAUAACGGGAGAGUGUUGAAUGAGCACUUUGACUUUAAAGGGGAUUUGAUCAGCAAAUUCAGCGAGUCCAGCCUUCGUAUCUACGUCCACUGUGUCAUUGGAGAAGAUCUCACCAAAGAACAACUCAGACAAGAGAGCCUACUCGAUAACCAGGAAAUUAAACGCACCACGCAGCCUGAAAUCAUAGGAUUUGAUCGGUUGCUUCAACAAGGGUUCAGUCAACAAGACGUAGACGAUUUGCGGGCACAGUUCGAGAGAAUCUACAACAUCAACCAGACCAAUUCACAAAUCAACGACUUGGAAGAAGAGGAACAGCGUCAAGAGUAUUUGAGACAACUUGAAGAAAGAUGGAUUAAUCUGACUGUCAAUGCAGAUGGAACCAGCACCAGGCCGGCACCAGAAGCCGCCGGUACAGAACAGGUUACGGCCGACGCUCCCGCCAACCACACCAUUGCCACCACCGACGUCGAUGAUACGCAGAACGAAGACCUUCUAAUCGGAUUACUCGUGGGGGUGUUUUUGGGAGUUAUUGGAGUGUUAUUUGUCGUGGCCGACGACUCCGUGUUCGAUAAGAGACAAAGAAUGGCCAUAAUAGUGGGGAUGUUCAUCAAUAUCUCGCUAGCCAUCAUCCGUGGCCAGUGGAUAUAGAUGAAGAAGAGAGAAAUAGGAAUGUUUGACCUACCAGCCCUUAAUAAUUCUCAUAUGAAAACGCCUCCAAGGGGAAACAUCCACACGGUUCAGAAAGAUUAAACAGGGCGUUAAGAUGGACAGUUGAUCUCGCCAUUAACUUGACGCUUGCCAGCUCGUGGGGAUAUCUGAAAAUGACAAGCAACACGGUAGUAGUUAAGGCUGCCGCACAAUUUCUUUGCGAUGGGAAAAUUUUUCUUAUAUAGUGGGUAUGCGCCGGGUAACUGGGUGCAAAAGGUGAACAAGGUCAGCAACUGGGAACUGGGAAUAAAGAACUGGAGAGACCGGUGUAGACAACUCAACGUCGUUUCCUUCACUUUACUCUGUUACCAAAGUCUAUUCUUUUUAUGGUUUUUAUUAUUGCCAUACUGUGUCAUUACUGUCUGGGUACAUAGUUGUGCAAAACGUUAAAUAUACGCCGUUCACGGCACCA